UUUCAGGUAUUUAAAAAUCAUCUUAUAAGCCUGUGAAAGUUUCAAUGGAGCAGUAUAUAAAAGAGCCGCUAGAAGACAAUAGGUACGACCUUAACAAAAGAUUCUUUCGAUGCAGUUUCCCAAAGCAUCGGAGAGGAGAUGAGUGCGGUUACGUUAGUACUAUCACGAACGUGAACACUCACUUUUCCCAGCACACGAAGGUCUAUCAAUAUAAAUGUCGUGCCUGUGAACGGAAAAUGGUGCAAACGAUGGAAAUAUAUUGGCACUAUGACCCCAGAGAUGGCGGGAGAUGCUCCUCGACGGAAUUCGAGCUUCUCGUUAUCAAACGAAAAGAUGCGUAUUUAGACCAUCGCGCACGCAACUGUUACAUUGAUUCAGCGACAGAUGACGACUAUGAUAGCUAUAAGGAAAGAAAAAAGUUCGAAAAUUCGGGAAAACGAAGGAGAUGUACUCCAUAUGGAACUCCCAGUUUUGAAAAUACAUGCUCAUCUCAACAGAAAACUACGGGAGUUCCGAUCAUGACUUUGUACCGAUCUUCGGAGGCUGACGUUUGUGGUUACAGUCAAGUUCCUGCCAUGACUUAUCCACCAUUUGAUCCAACGGAUCGACCAAGGUCCAGAAACGGAUCUCCUGUGGUGGGAUCUUCUUUCAGUUCACGAAAAGAACCAUCUACUCCCGGAUCUGCGCCGGUACCUCAUACACGACAUGGUUCUUCAACCCCAGGGCACGGAAACCAUCAGCUGCAGAAUAAUUAUGGCGGUGCAAGUUCAAGGGGAGCUCAAUCCAGAGGUUCACCACCAAGGGAUCCUCGUCGUCAUGCUAAUGGUUCCUCUUCUCAUCGACGCGAUAAAACUGUGUCGGAUGAACUUCAGCAUGAAAAUUCCCAUACUCCAAGACAAGAAGAAUCACAGUCAACUUUUGGAAGUUCGUUCAGGCCAUCACAAUAUAGUUCGAUUCUGAGAGAUCCUCGUUUGUCUGGUAGAAUCACAUUAAAUCAAGAGACUUUGAGAACUUCACUUAAUGAAGUGUUCCCGCAACCACACACUCUUCCAUUUGGAGGUUCAUGCCCUCCGGGGCAAGAAAAAUCACCAUCAAAUGGCCACAACCUUCUCCCACAUCAACAAAAAUUCGGAGGUUCCAUCCCAGUGAGUUCAACUCUCAGUGAUUCUCAUACGUCAAACGGUGGAUCUACUCCAAAUCAAGAUACUUCGCAAAUCCUGGAGAAAGAUCAGAAUUCGGAUAAUUUGGUCCCAGUUUCAAGCAUUCGUCGAGUGCCUUCGACAACCGGAGUCUACAAUAUUCGAAUUCAACGUCCACAAGACAUGGUUCGAAGAGAAAGAAGUGCUGUGAGGUAUCGUUCAUCAAGUCGAGGAAGUCCAUUGUAUGAACCGGACGAGGAGGAUCUUAAUAACAUCAGAUUUGCUCGUGAAAAAUACCCAGUUUUGAGCCGAGCAACUUCAAAAGCAUGUGGCGGCAAUUCAAACCGCACGGCCUCCCUUAUCGAUCCACCCCAGAUCGGUUUAUCGAAAUCGAAGCCUACACUACCAGAUACAGCUGAGACAGCUCAAGAAAGAACAGACGCUCGUAGAUUGUUAGUGAUGGGAAAGUAUAUCAAAAAAAAUCCUUCCCUCGCUUUAACAUUAGGGCCUGAAGAUGCGGCCAAACUUAAUAUAGACGUGGAAGCUCUCAAGAAAAAACUUAUUCCAUCUACCUCUGGAUCAAUCGAGAAAAGACGCAGUCAAUCUCGUUCCAGGAGCCGGGAUUCGAGACGACACAGUCGAUCUCGUUCCGGGAGCCGGGGUUCACGACGACGCAGUGAUCGCAGAGCAAGACACGAGAGAAGACAUCGCGACGAUGACAAAAGUGGUAGGGACAGACAAAGAAGAUAAUAUUAUUUUAAAGAUAGUGGAAAGACUUUUACAAAAAUUUUAUUUUUUGCGUAUUUUUAUUUAAUUUUUGAUUAUUCUUGGUUUUAACUUAUGAUUACUGUGUUGCUGAUCUUUCUUGAUUUUUUUUGAAAUUUUCACCAUGACACCCAAUUUUCGUUGUUUUCAUUACUCUUAUACAUAUGAAUUCAAUACUAAGAAAGUAUUUAUUUUGUUCAUCUCUAUUCGGUUAAUUCAUUAGUAUUCAUCUUAUAUAAGAAAGUAUCCAGUGAUGGUUUUUUGUAAUUUCAAGUUUACCCUUUAUUUAUCAAAAUAUAUUCCUUGGUUUUUUUUACGGUAGCUCGCAAUAAAUAUGGUAAGGU